AGUCCUCAUUCCAGAGAUUUUAUCGCCAACAUGCCCGAAGUACAAUCAGUUCAAGUUUUUGGAAAGAAAAAGACCGCCACCGCGGUGGCCUUUGCCAAGCAGGGUCGCGGUCUCAUCAAGGUCAACGGCCAGCCCAUUGAGUUGAUUCAACCCGAGUCUCUUCGUCUGAAGGUCUUUGAGCCCGUCUUGAUUGUAGGACAGGAGAAAUUUAGCAAUAUCGACAUCCGCAUCCGUGUCAAGGGCGGUGGUAUUACGGCGCAGAUUUACGCCAUUCGGGCGGCCAUUGCCAAAUCCAUCGUGGCCUACCACGCCAAGUACGUGGACGAACAAUCCAAGAACGAACUGCGAAAGACGCUUAUGGAGUACGACCGCAACAUGCUGGUCAGUGAUCCUCGUCGCUGCGAACCUAAAAAGUACGGAGGACGAAGCGCCCGUGCCCGUUUCCAAAAAUCGUACCGUUAGACGAUGGCCACGGCUUUUUAAACAAACAAACCAACCAACCAUUUACACCCCUGGA